AUGGCCUCCGUCGAUCUGAGCCAGUACAAUGGCGGCUCGUUGAUCGGCGUUGCCUCAACUUUUCUCGUCCUCACCUGGGUAUCCGUGUUCCUGCGGUUCUAUGUUCGAACCCAGUUGACCAAUGGUUUCCAAUCCGAUGACUGGUUCAUGUUGGUUGCGCAGGCCAAUUUCACACUUUCUUGUGCCUUUAUUCUCCAGGGUGUCAAGAGCGGGAUCGGAAGACACAACAAGGCAUUGGAUCAAGCGAGCGAAAUCGACGCGCUGAAAUGGCAAGCGCUGGCAACAGCUACCUACAUCACCAACAUGAUGUUUAUCAAACUCAGCAUCGCCCUGUUCCUCCUGCGACUGGCCACUGCCAAACGAUACAAGUGGAUCCUCUGGGUCAGCAUGAGCAUCAUCGCCAUCUGGUCUCUGGUGGCCUUCUUCUGGGACGUGUUCCAGUGCAACCCAGUCGAGGCCCAGUGGGACUUUACCAUUCCCAACCAGACGUGCGUGACGCCCGACCAGAUCGUCAGCGCCGCCUACGCCCUCAGUGUCAUGACCAUUCUGUCCGACUGGCUCUACGCGCUCCUGCCCAUUGCCAUGAUCUGGGGCGUGCAGAUGACCAAGCAGGCCAAGAUUACGGUCAGCAUUGUCCUUGGGCUCGGUAUAUUCGCUUCGAUAGCGACACUGAUCAGGCUCAAGUUCUUGUCCGACCUGAACGACACUGCGGACAUUCUUUUUCAAGGCACUGACGCAAUGGUGUGGACCCUCAUCGAGCCGGGCGUCGCCAUCGUGGCCGCCAGCCUGGUCACCAUCCGCCCGCUGCUCCGCAAGCUCCGCCUGCCCGGAUUCACCUCGCACGAAGGCAAGAGCGGCCCCACGUACGGCCGCUCCGGCGGAGGCCGUCCCGGCGCCGGCUAUGCGAACAAUAACAACAUCAACAUGAACAACAAUAAAAGACAUAGCGCCUUCCGCCCGCCCGGCGCCAUGCCGGGCUUCGGCCCCGGCGACCUGACGCUCAUUGACCUCGAGACGGGCGACACGGCGGCCCCACCGCCCGGCCGGGCAGACCGCGAGCCCACCCACAAGUUCUACUUGGAGCGGUCGCUGGCGCCGUCGUCCGCGCCGGCCGCCGUGGGCAACAAGACCGAAGCGCAGAAGCAGCAGCAGACGACGACACGCGAGCGCGCCGUCGGCCUGUCACCGGAGGAUGUCCUCGACGCUUCCGCGCCCCACAAGACCCAGCGGGGCCUGACCAUUGCCGAGGACUCGGGCAGCGAGGCAUCGGUCUUGUCGGGCGAGGGCCAAAAGACGGGGAGGAGCGAGGUCUUCAUCAUCGAGGGGCCGAGGGAGUCGGGCCGGCGAACGAGCAUACACACCGAAGACCUGGACGGUCACGACGACGGAAGCCAGAUCGACGGCCGAGGCCGGCACGAGGCUAGGAAGAAAAAAGAAUGCGACCCAUUCGCGGAUGAAGGCGGGCACUGA